AAUUAAAGAAUCAAUUUAUAAGGUUUUUACAAACAUAGAAAAAGUUGACACAUCCACUCUAAUAUCUGUAAUAAAUAAUUGGAAGGAAUCAGAAGAUGUUAAGGAAUGUUUGAAAGCCUUAAUCCUAAUGAUGAUGAAAGCCACUCAAACAUUGAAAUUAUUAAUCUACUUGUGUGAAAAAGAUUGA